AUGGCUGUCGUAUCCUGCAUCCAGACGCCUCGCAUCCACCUGUCGGGAUUGCCGGAAUCCCCUGUCCUCAAAGGCCCCGGUAAUCCCGUUGCCAAGCUCACUCGUCCUGAGCAGCCCUUCGGGAUGUUUGUCGGGAAUAUUCUCACCUGGCGUCCCACUUUCAACAUUUUCCUUGUCCGUCCCAAUCCUCCUCACUACGUCAUCCUGCAAGAGGAUAUUUCGCGCAUGCUCUGGACAGCCCUCCAGAUCAUUCACACCCAGCUCGGCGUUAACGACGCUAUUGCCGAUGCUGCUCAAGCUGUCGGUAUUCGUCCGCCACCCACUUGGUUGUGUAACCCACUGCAUGAGGCAUUCAACCCUUUGAAUUGCUGCUUCCCAACGGUCGACGACGCUAUGGCCGUGUUCCAGGGAUUGCAAGCCGCCGGGAGUCAGGCUAUACGCUGGGCUGGAGAGUUCGUUCGAGGAGUUUACCAAAUCCGCACGGGGCUUACUGGCAUGCCCAGAAUCGAUUGCCCACUCCUGAAGUACCUGCGUAGCAUCGGGUGGCCAGGACACUACGAUCCUAGUGGUUCACGUCUUCAGCUCGACUCUAAUUCAGGGCACGUUAUCCUCCACCCGAGUCGUUUUAAUACUGAGCGCUCGGUAAUCCUGAGCCCCAGGAAUGCCAAAGCCCCCACGGACACAGCUAUCAUGCCUCCAGGUCACGGUCGUCUUCGCGGAGGAUGCUGCUCUUGCUGCGGUAAUCCUCAUGAGGACACCAGCUGUGCUCCAUUCAACCCUUCGGAGAGGGACAGUGAGAGUGGGGGGAGUAAUUCGCCAAAUGGCCCCACAGUUAUUCUGUCGCCAGACUCGGAGUACCAUCCAGACAGUCCUUGUCGUUUCACUUGGUCACAGCUCAAACAAGACAUUUUUGGCAGCGACGAGAAUAUUACCGAUGUCGGCAACAGUAUUACCAACAAGUCCUGGGCGGCUGAUGGCAAUACUGGCAAUUCUGAUGGAGGUGAUCUUGUUCUUGUAGAUAAGGGGGGAGUACAAAGGGGGAUUCACAACACUAACUAG